AUGGCGGGUCGAGAACGCAGCAAGGGCGGGUGUUGGACCUGCAAAUUACGGAAGAAGAAAUGCGACGAAACCCGCCCGUCAUGCGCGGGUUGUCUGUCUCUGGGGAUUGACUGUCAUGGCUACGGUCCAAAGCCUGCAUGGAUGGAUGGCGGUUCUGCUGAGAAAGCGAGACUCGAAGGCUGGCGUCAGAGGGUCAAGGAGGUCACCAACCACAAGCGCAGACUUAGAUAUCGCCAGCAUGAACCUCAAUCACCGCAGAUAUCUAAUUUGAGCGAGAAUGAUGGUACGCCUCUGACUCCGGCAUUUGAAGUUGUUUCAGCACCAAGCUUGCAUCACUUGGACGAGAGAUACUCUCCUUUUGUCAGUGAAGCUCACAGUGCAAGCCGGAUUCUCGGCCAAGAAGAAACUUCAAGCGGAGAAAAUAGAAGCUCUGGCUUGCAACUACCUACACCCUCUACCAGUGAUUUGGAUCAAGAGGACGCAAGUCGGCCACUGCCAGCAUUGCGCGAGGAAGAGGCUGAUCUCUUGAUGCACUAUCUGGAUAACGUCUUCCCAUUACAAUUCCCCUUUUUCAAACACAGUGCAAUCAAAGGCAGCCGAGGAUGGCUGCUCUCUCUUCUGAUGCGACUAGAGCCACUCUAUCAUGCAGCUUGCAGCGUUUCUGCAUAUCACAUGCACUUUGAAGAGCUCGCUCAAGAGUAUGAACUUCACUAUGGUACAAUAGAAAAUGUCAAAGACUUUCCGACUUGUUGCAAACUGCAAGAUCAACUGGUAGAGCACAAUCUUACGUUGAGCAGGCUGAGCAAAAUGCUGGAUCGAUUGGGAGAUCUGGAGAGCAAUCGGCCAAAUCUGCAGCUGCCUGAAUAUAUUGACCUUAUCGCAUGUAUGGCAACUCUCAUCUCACUCGAGGUCUUGAAAGGAAGCAGUGAUAGCUGGCGAAUCCAUUUAGAUGCUGCAACAUACCUCCUUCCUCUUGCACACGAAGCCUUUCAAUCAGGCCACGCGAAGGACCUCUCGAACACGCAUAAGGAAGCGUAUCGGUUCUUUUCCACUGCUUUUGUGUGGUAUAAAUUCCAAUCUUGUGCUGCGACGGGGAACAUGCUCGACCCACCCUGCGAAGAUUUUGAGCUCUCAAACUUGCACAUGCCUAUGAGCCAAUUCACAGGCUGCGAAGAGUGGAUCACUGACGAACUCUUGAAGAUUAUGAAGCUUGCACAUUGGAAAGACACGAUGAAGGAGAAGAAGCAACUUAGUGUUCGAGAGCUCACAACACGAGCCCUAGAAAUCGACAGGAAGCUGAAGAGUGAGAUGAUUAGGCUGUCUGCCCGGUUAGAAGCUACGUCACAUCACAAUUUUUUCGAGAAUCCUGAUGGCUACAUAAAGUUGCUGGUGACCCGCUUAUUUGGAUUCAGCACCCUUAUAUAUCUGUAUACCAUCGAGUCAGGACAUUGUCCAGAUGUGCCCGAGAUACACGACAACGUCUCGAAGACAAUUGAUGCUUUCAAAGCUCUCCCUCAACCAGAACUCAUACGCAGCCUCUCCUGGCCACUCUGUAUUGCCGGCUCGAUGGCUACUGAAGAUCAACAGGCGGCGUUUCUCGAAAUAACUACCAAGGCCAAAAUACACCGCUACCCAUUUGGAAGCUCCAAUCAUGCCCUCGCAAUCAUACAGGAGUGCUGGCGCAUGCGAGAUGAUGAGAAUUUGGCAGAUGGGAAUGUUGACUGGAUGGUAGCAAUGCGAAAUCUAGGACUCAAUGUUCUACUUGCUUAA